AAACUGCAUAAGCUCUCCCAACUUGCACUAAACAUGCCAUUGAGAAGCUGAAAUAUGGUUGAUUUGUUACAGAGCUUCUUCGGAGAUGAUAAUGGCGGUUUCUGCUUCCAUGGCUGAGCUUUUGAGUUCUGGAUUGUUUCUUUUUUGAUCGAUUUGCAUUAAGCGCGUCUACGGAUUUUGUCUGUUCUACGCUGGAGUUUGAUAUUUUUGUUUUGGUAUGAUUCAGAAUUUUUAUUUUUAUUUUUAUUUUUUUUAGGAGAUUAUGGUGUGUGGAUUCGGAUUACAGAAGCAGUUUCUUCGUUUACAUUUAGAUCUGAUUAUUACCUAUGAUUGUCUUUCUUUUCUUUGGAGAUUACUUCGACUUUUAGCAUUUUCUACCUGACUUUAGUUUUGGCUGUCUGUUAGAGUUGAUCAUGCAUAUUUCAGAUUGUAUAAAUUUUGCUCCAGGCUUCAUAGUUUAUUUGGUUUUUGUCGAUUAUGAUGAUUGGGACAUGAUUCUGACUGAGUUUGAUGCCAAGUAUUAUGGAACAAGCGUAUAUGGUAUUUUCAAUCUUUGUCAUUCAUCAUGAUUGGUCUUUUUAAAUCUGGUUGGUGGGGGCAAUGUUAAGAACAAUGGUCUGCUUGUUAGAGAGACGUCAGAAGAGAAUAACAGCAUGUGUCAGGAGAAAAAGAGGGUAAGCAAUGGAGUAGUUAGUGAAGGGCAGGGCUUAGGUUCAUCUGAGGAAAAUGAAUCAAGGGUUGAUGAUGCAACAGCUAGAGGGGCAGCGGAGGUCCAAGAUGGUUUGGAGAUAUCACAACAACAACCUCAAGGUCCUGUGAUACGUUGGGAGAGGUUUCUUCCUAUUAGAUCACUGAAGGUUCUCCUAGUGGAGAAUGAUGAAUCAACACGUAAUGUUGUUAGUGCCUUACUAUGGAAUUGCAGCUAUGAAGUUUCAGCUGCUGCAAAUGGUCUUCAAGCAUGGAAAAUCCUAGAAGAUCUGACUAAUCAUGUGGAUCUUGUCCUAACAGAGGUAGCCAUGCCUGUUGUAUCAGGGCUUGGUCUUUUAAGCAAGAUCAUGAGCCACAAAUCUUUCAAGAAUAUUCCUGUCAUAAUGAUGUCAUCUGAUGAUUCCAUGGGUCUAGUCUUUAACUGUUUGUCAAAGGGUGCUGUUGAUUUUUUGAGUUCAUGGACAAAAAGGGCAGCUGAAGCUGAGAGCUCUCAACCAACGUCACCCUCAAAUCAAUUGCCUGAUGCUCCUGAUAGCAUUGGUGGCCAGGCAAUCCGAGCAAAGCCUGAAACCUGUGGCAAUCAAUGUGUAUGCGUUUCUGAGUCAAAAGAAUGCCAAGAAGAGGAUGAACAGAAUGAUGAUUCUCCAAUGGGAAAGGACUUGAAAAUAGGAGUUAAAAGAAAUCCAGCUUUAAAAGUUGGACAUCAAUGUGAAUGUGACAAUUUAUCUACACAUAAAACAAGCAAAAGGCAGAAUGGAGUGCUUGAAACAGAUUGUAAGCAGUUGCUGGAGAGUGGACAGAUGGAGCAGAGGGAAAAUAUGAUUGGCAAAGAUCUAUCUCCUACCAUCAUAUCUGGAAUUGCUAAUUAUAAAGCAUGCUGUAAUUCUGGAGAGGCACCAUCCUUUGAACUAACUCUGAAAACACCACCAGGAGAUGGAGCUAGUCAAAAUGCUACAAAUGAUGGCCAAAAUGCUUUGAGGCAUUCAGAUUCUUCAACUUUCUCCAAAUAUCAUACUGCUUCUUCUGCUAAUCAGGCUCCGACCAGAAAUGUAGGAAGCAAUUCACCAUUUGACACAGUUGAUGCACAACCUAACGGCUCAAACCAGUUGUUCACCGUCCAGCAUGGUUAUUAUCACCAUCCAGUUGAGAAGAUGCAGCGGCAGCAGUCACUGACAGAGACUGCAUUUAAGUGUACGGCAAUAACAGCCAUGCAAUGUGGCUCAUCAAAUGCGUUUGAAGGGCCCAUUGAAUGUAAUGUUGUAAACUACAGUGUAACUGGAAGUGGCUCAGGGAGCAACCAUGGUAGCAAUGGACCUAAUGGUGGCAGGAUUUCUGCCAAUGCUGAACAGACAAAUGUGGAAAGUGACUAUGGGCCAACUGGAAGCAGUGAAGCUGGUGAUAUCAGUGUGAGAAUCAGUUCAAGUGGUGUGGAUGAAGGUUGGGCUGCACAAAGAGAGACUGCAUUGAGCAAAUUUUGUCAGAAAAGGAAAGAAAGAUGUUUUGAAAAUAAGGUCCAAUAUCAGAGCAGGAAAAAAUUAGCAGAACAACAACCUCGUGCCAAGGGACAAUCUGUUCCGCAGACACUGUCUGAUUCAGAAGAAGGAAGGAAGGAAGGAAGGAAGGAUUGCCCAAGCAGCAAUGUCACAUCUAGGGACAAUUCUUGUGACAACCCUAGAUAACACCAGCUCCAGCAGGUUUGCAGACAGUGCUAUAACUUAACCCUUAUCCCGGCUGGUGCAUGUGGAUAUAUGUAUAUGAUAUUGGCAUUGGCUGUGUAACUAGGAAAGAAGAUGUUAAUAAGAGCUAAUGUGGGGUAGGGUUGUCAAAAUAGAUCUCUGGUUCUUGGGCUCAUAUUAUUGGAGUGUCACGGUCUUUACGCUGUUCUGUCACACUUCAGUUUCUGUUUUGCAUGUUCGCUCCCUUGUGAUAUCCAAGGGCAAGGAUAGAAGAUUUGAAGUUUCUUAUUCUCAAAAAAGGGGGAAAAAAAAGGGAGAGAGAUAGAAGAGUUGCAUUCAGAAACUUUAGUGGAUUCUUUUCUUAUGAACCCUUCUUUUCUUAUGAACCAAGGGAAUUUUGAAAAAAAGAACAAAAUAUUGCAAUCGUUUCAAUGAAGAUUUAAAUCUUAGGAUAAGUAAAGAUAUUUUAUAUACAUUAUUAGCCUAUUAAAAGCUGCUAGCACAAACUUUGUCGCGCGGCUAAACUUAGCGAAUACCUUAGAGUGUAUGUUGUUGUAAAACUUUAAUGACCUCAUAAAAUAAAUGCUUCUCGUUGUA